GAUGGUACAAAGUGCAGAAAGUCAAGAAGGCUCAAGUGGAACCGGAGUCUGAGUCUGAGGAGGAGGUGACACCGGAGAUCGACCAGGAGGCGGCGGAAAGGGAGGCAGCAGCGAAAGAGGCAGCGGCCAAGACCCGUGCGGAGGUGGAAGCGGCCAAGGAGCUGUGGCAAAAGAUACGCAGUCAGGCCAACGCUGAGGACUCGGCCCGCGAGCAGUUCGCUCAAUCCUUGCCCCCGGGGGUCGCCAAGUUCGCGGCGUUGCUGGUGAACCGCUUCGGGUCUUUGGAGCGGGCCUUCAACAACUUCGACUACAACCGGAAGGGCAAGGUCACCAGAGGCCAGUUCCAAACCACCUUGGCCACCAUCCGCCUGAACACGGAUGAAGUGGUAGGCCUGCCUUCCAAGAAGGUCUUCAGGUUGAUCGCCGCCGGGGCGCAGUCUGCGCUCGAGAUCACUCUGGAGCAGUGGCAAAACUUCUUUGAUCAGGAGCUCACCGGCGAAGACGCGUCCUUUUUGCUGACGGAGGACAGGGGGUCGCAGGCCCCGAAGCGCUGGGCCCAGAUGAAGCAGCUGCCCAGCAAGGCUCUUCAGCUGCUGGUGGAGCAGGGUGAGCUAGCGGACAAGGAGGAGCUGGCGAAGGAGGCUCUGUCAAAGCACGGCCAGCGCAAGGUUGGUCAGGUCGCUGCAACGGCUAGGCGCUCGGAUGGCGAGAAGCACCCCGAUGGCGAGCGGCGACUGAAGAUUCAACGCAGCAGUGACAGCGAUGAUCGAGAGGAUACCGCAGAUCCAGGAGGGUCCUCGGAUGACGCGAGGGACUAUGAGGCAGACGAUGCGGAUGACGAUGCGAACAGCUUACGUGCGGGCACGGAACUGGAAGACGGCAGUGCUAGCGGCACAGGUUCCGUGGGCGGGAGCCUGAGUGCGUCCUGGGCCGCGACUCUGGAAAGCGCAAGGGCCGCGCUGAAUGAGUCCUCCAGCGAGGACGACUCGGAGGCGUCAGAGGUGGAGAUGGAGGACAAGAAGAGAGGCCCGCGUGAUCUGAAGCAUUCCGGGGUCGACAGCCGGCAUGUGGACCGAGAGAAGGUCAUGCGUGCCUUCCGACAGCGGGAUGACAAGGCGGUGGCCGAGUUGAACGACGAUGAGCUGCAAGCGCUGGCAGAGCAGGUGCAGCUUCAGCAGGAGAUCGAAGACCUGGACCUCACCAGCAUCGACGCCUUUGCCUAUGUUUUGCUCGCCAAGCUGGGCUCGUUUAAGCGGGCUUUCAAGUGGUUCGACUUCAACUGCACGCGCAAGAUCACGAACGUGACCUGGGACACGGGGAUCUUGCUCCUGCACGUGGACACCGAGCAUUUGACGGGCCUCAAGCCCGGCCAGAUCUUCUACCGUAUGGACACCGUGUUCCCAGAUGUCGCGCCAUCUGGCAUGAUCACGCGCAAGAAGUGGACCGCGUUUUUCAGCGGCUUCAAGCCUCCCCCGGAGCUCUUGAAGUUGAUGGAGGAAGGUAAGACCCUGCGCCAAAGAGCCAACGCGAAGAAGAAGCAGUACAAGCGCCGAGGAAGCCUUUGGCGAGGUGACAAAGGGCAGCGCGUGCGGCUGAAGAAGAGGGAUGAUGUGGACCUGAGCGAGGAUGAGAUGGAGGAGGAGGCGCGAGCCCAAAGACUCGCCGAGGAAGAGGACGGCUUCAGAAAGUGGGCUGAAGCCGAGCUGGCCUCCAUUGAAGAUGGCACCUUCAAGGAGUACCAUGACGCCAUCUUCAGAGGGGGUGCAGAAAGCUUGAUGUCCCCCUUCCAGCGCCGCCAGAUCUUUAUGGAUUUCACAGAGGCCAUGGGGCUCUACACCCUGGCGCCGCAGGGCCAUGGCCGCGCCCCGCCUCGCAACGCGACGAGCCUGGAGCGGGUGGAGGGCAUGGAUGGUUCAGAUGCGUUGCCGCCACCGGGGUGCAUCAAGGUCUACAAGCUCAAGUCCUUCACGGAGGAGAUCGCUGGCAAGCUGGAAUCCAUCAGCAGCGGCGGGCGCUUGCCGCUGAGUCAGCCGUUCUCCGAGAUUGAGAGCGCCGUGGUGAACAUGUUGGCCAUGGAUCGGAAUCUGGUGGUUGUAUCUGAGAGUGUCCGGCCUGCACUUUGA